UUCAGAUAUCUGAAGGAUUUUGGACUUCGGACGUGAAAAAUGAACGCGCCGCCGACAUUUGAGUCUUUUAUUCUCUACGAAGGUGACAAAAAAAUCACCAUCGAGAAGGAUACAAAGGUUCCCAAUGCAGCAAUAUUUCAUGUGAAUAAAGAAGACCAUACACUGGGAAACAUGCUGCGUCAGCAACUCCUUAAGGAUCCACAGGUUCUCUUUGCUGGAUACAAGGUUCCUCACCCCUUGGAGAAUAAGUUUGUCUUACGAGUGCAAACAACGCCAGACUACAGCCCUCAAGAAGCCUUCACAAAUGCCAUUACAGAUCUCAUCAGUGAAAUCUCACUACUGGAGGAAAGAUUUAAGCAUCAUGCCACCAUCAACAGAGGUGAUGAAACAAUGGAACUCACAGGAUUGGCCAAUGAACAACCUACUUCACCUCAAGAAAUGACAGCUACUCUGCCUUCCAAAGUCCUUUUGAUCAUAAAUGCUGAUGAUUUUGGUCAUUGUAUUGGUCGGAACCAAGGCAUUGUGGAGUGUUAUAAGAAAGGUCUGAUCAGUAGUGCUUCAUUAAUGGUUAAUGGCAGAGCAACUAAAGAUGCAGUGAAACAAGCUAAAGAGCUUGGUAUACCAUUAGGACUCCAUCUCAAUCUAACUGAAGGUAGUGUGACCAACAGAGGGCGCUGUGACAGUUUAGUGGACGAGAGCGCAGGAUGUUUACGUGGGAAAUUGGGCUUUCGAAAGGCGCUUGCAUCUGGCGUUAUAAACAAAGAUGAGUUGAAGAAUGAGAUUAGAGCGCAAUUUUCCUACUAUCAGGAGCUAACUGGGCAUGCGCCAACCCACGUGGAUGGUCACCAACAUGUUCAUAUUCUACCUGGAUUACGUGAGAUAUUAACUGAUGUAACCAAGGAGUUUGGUGUUGGAGCAGUCAGGGUACCACUCCAAUACGGAGUGCCUAACUGUGACUGGUUGACUCAACAUAGACGAGAAUUCUUCAGUGAGGUUAAGAAAGAUGGAGCAGAAGCGAGAGCAUUGUUCUUAAAGAAAGGUUUGAAAGUUACUGAUGGAUUUUUAGGGUUGAGUACAAUGGGACAAGAUAUGAAACUGCUUACCCUGACGUCUGCUUUGGAGACUACGCUCAACUCCUGUAUGACCUCUGACCUUUCUCCUCGUGUGACCCUUGAACUCAUGGUACAUCCAGGUUUUCCUUGUCAACAGGGAUGUGGAUUGAUUGGUGAGGAAUUCUUUUGUUUUGAGGAUAGGUCUCAUGAGAUGAGAAUACUUGGGGAUGAAUAUUGGAAGGAAGUCAUGACCAAAACUGGGAUUCAUCUUGGAUCCUUCAAAGACUUGUAGUGGAUUCUAGUGUUAAAAAAUUACAAGAAGAUAUUGGCAACAUUUAAAUUUACAACUCCUAUAUUUUAAAAUUUUGAAAACA